AUGUCCCGAGACCAGUUUCCCGGCUCUCCAGCUCAGUGCCGCACAUACAACAUGUCAAUCGGUUCGGACGUUGGUCCUGUAGAGAACGGGCAUCAGCAUGCGAGUGUUUUCACAGAGCGCACCUCUGGUUUUACGUUGCAUACCUUCAGUUCUGAUUUUUCCUCACUGACGACUGAUUUCAUAGAUGUGGGCGGGGAGAAGCUCCAUUCCUUUACGGUGAAGAAAGGUCAAGGGCCUGUACCGCCUUCUCCAGGCCCAGGGCCAUCUCCUGGUCCUUCGCCGUCGUCGGGAUCAUGCAAAGAGUACGGAUGUGGAAAGUACGUGAGGUCGCACUCGUGCCAAUGCAAUUCAUAUUGCAAACAUCACCGUGACUGUUGCAGUGACUACGAAGCAGUCUGCGGAGGUGAAGUUGUGGUGUAG